AGAACCAGCCUAGCAACUGAUUCCAUCGUUGUUGCAGCACCGCUAUGGGUAGGCCACGCAUAGUUAGGACUCCCGAGGAGCAGCGCGAAUACGACGAGUGGCAAAGGGAAAAGAAACGGCAUUACGACCGGCAGCGGCGUGCAGCCAAAAUUGAUGAACUUCGUUCCCAAGAGGCUCAGCGCAAGCGCCAAGCCAGGGAGGACCCGAAUUUUCUUGCUCAAGAGGCUCAGCGCAAGCGUCAAGUAAGGCAGGACCCACUGGUUCGUGCCCCAGAGGCUCAGCGCAAGCGCCAAGCGCGGCAAGACAAUCCAGAACUUCGCGAAGCAGAAAAUGCAGCCAAAAGACGCAAGUACCACGAAAACAAACUUAAAAACUUCAAGGGAGCAGAUACUAAAUGUUGUGGGGGUGCCUGCUCGAGAGACGUCGGCUGCCUGCCGGAAACCAAAAUCGAGAAUCUCUUCAAGUGCUGUUUCUGUGCCCACGUCGUUGGGGACCAGCGUGGAAUCCUCAAUCACCUGUUUCUUCGGUGUGACGAACGACUUGAGUGCCAACUCUGUCCGGAAUCCUUUUCCAAAGCGGAAGACUUGAGCUGCCACACCGAGAUUCACAAGCCAGAAAUAACUUUCGACCAUCAACUGCGUUCAGCAUCCUUUCAGAAACGCGGUCAUCCGGCAUAUAACAUUCGAGCCAACGAAGGAGAAAAACCUUUCAAAUGCCAGGAAGGCCCUCAAGCAUUUGCUCAAAGCGAGGGCUUGACCACCCACAUGGAAAUCCACGUCGGUGAGCAGCCUUACAGAUGCCAGCAAUGCCACAACACGUUUGCCAGUAGAAGUUAUGCAAAUCGCCGCAUUCGAAUCAACACAGGUGAGGAACCCUACGAUUGUGAGCUGUGUCCCGUAGCCUUUACUUUCAGUGGGAAUCUGAAGCGACACGUUCAGACGCACCUGGGUGAAAGACCUUACAAAUGCGAGCAAUGGCCCUGAGCCUUUUCCCAGAGUGGCUAUCUCAGGCGGCACAUUAGAAUACACACAGAAUGUAAUCAAUGCCCCCGAGCCUUUCGUUAGAGCUCGGCGCUGUCGCGGUACAAUCAAACACACACGAAUGAGAAACGUGACAAACGCAAGCAAUGUUCCAAAGCCUA